AAAUAACAGGGUAAAAUGUGGAGGAGGGGGCCCGGGGUAUAUGACGGAGAAAGAUGGAAGACUCGGGAGGAAAGAGGAGAAACAACUUCUAUACUCACAGCCACUCUUCGCUGCCGGAACAACUCGACUUGGCCUGCAAUUCGGACGAGCAACGAAACUAUGGUCAUAGGCCUCUUGGUAGUCGCGGGGAUCCCAACCACAAUCGGCGUGUGCGAGGCCCUCAGCGCGCAGAAGAAGGCGGACAAGGCACAGAAGGAGAAAGCAAAGUUCAACCUAAAGACGACAGUUUCAUUAGACGGCGAAAGUUUUGAGGAAUGCUGGUGCGUCCUCGGAGCUGGAAGAAUAUGGAUUGAUCAUCCGGAGGCGCCCAUAGAUGCGCACAAGUUUACGGGGUAUUACUUCACUUACCCGUCCGAGGCCCAGCAGCUGGGGUUGGUCAGCACAAUCGCAGACGAUCCCCCAAUGCUGAACUGGAUUUUUGUCGACAAGGACACCCACAUGUUGCGACACGGUGGGAGGCAGGAAACGCUGGGGGGGCACGUCAUCGGGCCAUGGGGUUGGAGCGAUGAUGAGCAAUGGUUGGCUCUGGAGGGUGACGAUGGGAGCUUUGUGGCUGUUGAGCAGGCGAACGAGAGGUGGGCGCUCUUCUACGAUCCAGAUGGGCGAGUCCGCAGGGGCGAGAUGACGGGCAGGGAAGGGGAGGAGGGGGGGCGUGAAAGUAACACGCCGCCGAGGUGGAUCGCGGCCAGACUGCACCGCAACUUGGUGUUUGGCAUGGACAGUAGCUAUGUCAAGGGCGGGAAGAAAGAUCGAUAGUGUUGGACAGGGGUCUUAAGUCAUAGGCGUUGGAUGUGGGCGUUGGGUGUGGGCUGUGGGGGAAUGAUAUGCAUAAUACAGCCUAAAAAUUACUAUGGUAUAUCUUGUAUAUGUACAGUACCAGAUCACCGACCUGGUCCCCCUCCUAUCGCAUCCUGGCAAGCCUGGUACGUCUUUAC